AUGGGCCAAACAGAUCUCGAGGUUCUGAUCGACAUGGGCUUCGAGCGCGCGCGCGCCGAGCUCGCCGUCAAGAAGUCUGGUGGUUUGCAGGGAGCCCUCAACUGGCUUGAGGAGAACCAGGACAAGUCCUUGGAGGAGCUGCAAGCCGGUGCUGCCUCUACCGCCAAGGCCGACGACGAGGAAGAGGAUGACGGCUCCCCCAUUCCCGAGGGCGCCAAGUCCCUUGUUUGCAACGAUUGCGGCAAGAGGUUCAAGAACGGAGAUCUUGCCGCCUUCCACGCUUCCAAGACUCAGCACACAGACUUCUCCGAAUCUACCGAAGAGAUCGCCCCUCUAACGGAGGAAGAGAAGAAGCAAAGGCUGGAGGAGCUCCGCCAAAAGCUCGCGGAGAAGAGGGAAAGGCUGGCCCUUGUUGACAAGGAGGAGCAGAAGCGCAAUGAGCAAAUCAAGCGCAAGGCUACCAAGGAAACACAAGACCUGAAGGAGGAACUCGCCCGCAAGGAACAGAUCAAGGAAGCCGCCCGUAAGCGCCAGGAGAAGCUCGACGACCUCGAGGCUAAGAAACGCAUCAAGGCCAAGAUCGAGGCCGACAAGGCCGAAAGGAAGCGCAAGGAGGAGGAAGCGAAGGCGCUUCGUGAGGGUAGAGCUCCGGCCGCCCCUUCACCUGCCCCUGCUGCCGCUGCGCCGGCUGCUUCGAAGCCCGCUGCCUCCCACAACGAGGCUCGUCUGAGGCUGCAAACUGCAAAGGGAAAUGUGAUGAAGACGUUGGCUGCGGAUGCCACGCUGUUUGAGCUUGCUCAGCAGUUGGAGGCGGAGAACGGAGUCCCGGUUGCGAGCUUCUCGACGACGUUCCCCAGGAAGACGUGGCAGGCUGGAGUAGACUUUGGUCAGACGCUGAAGGAGGCUGGGUUGGUUCCCAGUGCAGUGCUCAUCGUCUCUUAG